GUAUGCGAGCUUCAAUCUCCACUUCAAUUCCCUUCCUUCUCUCUCUCUCUCUCUCUCUCUCUACCGUAAUCAUACCCUGCGAGCCUGAGGCGGGACUGGAGAGGUGACCUGCACUGCGCCGUUAUGGAUGGCCAUACCUACUUCCCAGAUAGCCACGAAGAGAUCUCCUCCUUGCUGGGCCGCCUCCCUUCUUCCUCCUCCUCCCGCGAGCAGAUGACGCUGGGGGCGGCCUCGGCUGGCCAUUUGGGGGCCGAGAGGCGGAAGUCGUUGACGGAUCAGGAGUUGGACUCUCUCGACUGCGACCUCGAGGAUGCCGCGGAGGUGUCCGACGAUCCGGCGAAGGUGCCGCCGACGCGGAGCUCCAGUUCGAAGAGAAAUAGAGCGGCGGAAGUGCAUAACUUGUCCGAGAAGAGAAGGAGAAGUAGAAUCAAUGAGAAGAUGAAGGCUUUGCAGAGUCUGAUUCCUAAUUCUAGCAAGACUGAUAAGGCAUCCAUGCUUGAUGAAGCUAUUGAGUAUCUGAAGCAAUUGCAGCUGCAAGUACAGAUGCUUUCAAUGAGGAAUAGCCUUAAUCAACAUCCAUUGUACUUGCAUGGAGCUUUGCAGCCUCUGCAGACCAUGCAAUUGGCCUCAAACAAUGGUCUGGAUGCUGAACGAGCAAUGGCUACGGGACUAGAAAUGCUGCCCCUGAACCAAGGUUCAUCUGUUUCGAACUCAUUUAAUCUACCAACAUCAUCUCAUCUAUCUGCAUUCCCACCCAGUGCUAUCAACAUGACCAGACCAGAGACUUCCUUUGCAAUGGAGUCUUCACAGUCCCACCCUGGAUCUUUUCUAUUCCCUGUAUCUAUUGAGGAUAUUUUGACCAGAGAAGGCAUACCACAUCAGCAAUCCGAGGCUAGGCAUUUCGCACAGAAUCACACAGGUACCAUUGCUUCCCAACUUUCCAGGGGCCAACCAUCCUCAAUGGUGGUUGCGGACCUUGCCCAGAAAUGCACGUUGGGUACAGUGAGAUCAGAAGAUUUCAUAUCCGGAGAGACAGAAAAGGAGAAACUCAUCCAGCAUUUGCCUCAGUAAUUUCAAUUCACUUUUCUUGCUGGCAUUGCCCAGAACUUGUGGCGAUUGUCCCUUCACCUGCCUAGCACAGGGAUAAACUUACAUAGUGCUGAUACAAAGAUGUUACCCGAAGAUUACACCAAUUUGGCAAUAGCAUGUUUUGCUCUCUUAUGGCUAGCUAUUGGCUCUCAAAUAUGUAGCAAAAUAUGACGACACACCCAACACUUUGCAGGCCAAUGUUUUGUUCGAUUGGGAAAAAAAAGCGAAAACAAAUUAGACCUGUAAAUGCGGUCGUGUUUCUUUGGUAAUAUGCAGCAUAACGUCUUGUUAAUAGUACAAGGUCCUCACUUGUGGCAA